CACAUCUGAACACCACAGACAUUCCUGCACAGCCUGUCCUGUCCAAAGCGCCGCGAUCAGCCCCCUGUCAACCCCAGACCCCACGCCCAGCCCGCUCCAGCGACUAGCCUGCGCACCCCAGCCCCUCCACGGCAGCCCCCAGCCGCCCCGCCCCCUGCUGCGACUCCAGCCAGCCUCACAGCCUAGCCCGCUAGCCACGCGGCCGUCUCGACGCCAAUGGCCGCCGCAACCGCUGCAGCAGCGCCCCCUGCAGACUCCGACUGGAAAAAGUCGUUGGCACUCCCGCCCAAGGACGCCCGCUACAAGACCGAGGAUGUCACCGCCACCAAGGGCAACAGCUUUGAGGACUAUUUCCUCAAGAGGGAGCUGCUGAUGGGCAUCUAUGAGAAGGGGUUUGAGAACCCGAGCCCCAUCCAGGAGGAGAGCAUCCCCAUUGCCCUCACCGGCCGCGACAUCCUGGCCCGCGCCAAAAACGGCACCGGUAAGACCGCCGCCUUCUGCAUCCCGGUGCUGGAGAAGGUGGACACCAGCAAGAACGAGGUCCAGGCGCUCCUGCUGGUCCCCACGCGCGAGCUGGCGCUGCAGACGAGCCAGGUUGCCAAGGAGCUGGGCAAGCACAUGGCGGUGGAGGUGAUGGUCAGCACCGGCGGCACCAGCCUGCGCGACGACAUUGUGCGCCUGGGCGCCACGGUGCACGUCAUCGUGGCUACGCCCGGCCGCAUCCUGGACCUGGCGCAGAAGGGGGUGGCCAAGCUGGACAAGUGCGCAGUGUGCGUCAUGGACGAGGCGGACAAGCUGCUGUCGCCCGAGUUCCAGCCUGUGGUGGAGCAGCUGAUUGGCUUCCUGUCGCAGAACCGCCAGAUCUGCCUCUACAGCGCCACCUUCCCCGUCACUGUGAAGCAGUUCAAGGACAAGUUCCUGCGCAAGCCCUACAUCAUCAACCUCAUGGAGGAGCUCACGCUCAAGGGUGUCAGCCAGUACUAUGCCUUUGUGGAGGAGCGCCAGAAGGUGCACUGCCUCAACACGCUGUUUGCCAAGCUCUCCAUCAACCAGUCCAUCAUCUUCUGCAACUCGGUCAACCGCGUGGUGGUGGCACGCUGGAUGGGGGGGGACACUGCCCGAAUGCCACCCGCUCCUCACAUCGCGCCCCCCAACCCCCACCCCCACAUCCACCAGGCCGUCAACGUGGUCAUCAAUUUUGACUUCCCCAAGAACAGCGAGACGUACCUGCACCGCGUGGGGCGCUCUGGCCGCUUUGGCCACCUGGGCAUCGCCAUCAACCUCAUCACCUACGAGGACCGCUUCAACCUGUACAAGAUUGAGCAGGAGCUGGGCACCGAGAUCAAGCCCAUCCCGCCUGUCAUCGAGAAGGGCCUGUACUGCGCAUAG